GUUUUGUUUGAUAGAUCAGGUGCUGAGGUAAUGCUGAACAGUAGAUGCAAACACAUGAAUUGUAGCUUCAGGCAGGAAUAAUAUCAGGUGCAUCUCUACACCCUGAGGGCUCAACUCCUACACUUUAAAUCCCUCCCACUGAAACAGCCUCCUUCAGUUUCACCUAGCAAUCAGACUGAGAACAGGUACUUCCUUCUGAGCACUGACAGCUAGAGCUGAACGGCUAAGGAAACUAAUACCCACAUUUUACCACGACCACAUUUCUGUUCUUCUAAAUCCAAUUGAAAACGUGGCCUUUCAUCCAGAUCCUAACACUGUGGAGCCAGCUUCAAAUGAAAAUUCUUUUAAAAGGGAACACAAACUACUAAGAUAAGACAAAAUUAAAGUUUGACUCUAAAGAAGUGAACUGUGUUUAGAUUACAUAAGACAGAACCUGAAAAUUUAAGAAGAAAAAUGAGUCUUCUCAAAGAACGAAAACCAAAAAAACCUCAUUAUAUCCCAAGGCCUCCAGGAAAGCCAUUUAAAUAUAAGUGUUUUCAGUGCCCCUUUACUUGCAAUGAAAAAUCACAUCUUUUUAAUCAUAUGAAGUAUGGCCUCUGUAAAAACUCCAUUACAUUAGUAUCAGAACAAGAUCGAGUUCCCAAAUGUCCCAAGUCCAAUUCCUUAGAGCCUAAACAAACUCAUCACAUCGAUUCAUUAGUUAAACCAACUACUUCCAAGUCAAUCACCAAUGGACUAACAAAUCUUGAUUCUAAGCUUUCACACAGCUUUGCCAAAGAAGAAGCCAAGGAAAAUUUAGAAUCCCAAAACUGUGAGAUAAGUAAAUCAUCAGGACAAAACCCUCCAGUUCAAAAGAAAGCAACACUUCUUGGUUCAGCCUCAGAAACUACAAUUACUAUCCAACCUAUUCUAGAAAGUGGUGCCAGACCUUCAGCUUUUGUACCAGUAGAACACAGACUUAAAGGAUCAGAAAAUGAUGAAGUAUCUGAAAUGCUUCCAAUACCUGACCCAAUUACCAAAAGUUCUUUUCACAGUAAAUCUGCCUUCCAUACACCUAAUCACCCAUGGAAAACUGGCUCUUUUCUCCCAGAGUUUUCACAUAAAAUUCCAUCUACAAAAGGUUUUGGAUCCAUUUCUUCUUAUAUACAACCAGCUAUUCCAGAAUAUCCACCUCAUUUUUACACAGAGCAUGGACUAGCUACUAUUUAUUCACCCUACUUACUCACAGGUAAUUCAGUAGAGUGUGAAAACACUUUGCUAUCUGUCUAUGGUACUCAAGACCAAAGACACUUUCUUUCCCACCCAGGACCAAUCCCUAAACACUUGAAUCCAUCACCAUCAACAUAUGAGCCUUACAAAUUUUUCCAACAGUAUCACUCCAGUCUUCCCAUACCAUAUGGGUUCUAUAGACCAGAGUCUGCAUUCUCUUCCUAUGGCCUUAAACUUCCACAUGUUGCUAGUAUUACAAGAGAGCAAAGUUCUCACCUACUUGAAGAAACUAACUUGAUCUAUCCAAAUUCAAAUCAAUCCAGAUUAAAUUCCUGGAACUCCCACAAAAAACACAUAGAUUAUGAAAAAGAAAGCUUAGUUCUCCAAAGCCAAGAUCCUUCCAAAGAUGAGCCAAAUGAUAGAGAUGGGGCCAAGAUGAGCCCACGUGCAGGAAGUGCAGCUACAGGGUCUCCAGGAAGACCAAGUCCCACGAACUUCACUCAGACAAGCCAUGCAUCUGAAGGACUGUUUGAUCUCUCAAACAAAUCUUCCCCUGGACCAUUUGGAAAACUAAAUCAACAUGAAGAAAAUGCCACAGCCUUCAGACUUGUGCAAAAAAACUCAGAAUAUCCUGAUCCACAGUUAAAUAGAGCUGACUCUACAAGAAGCAUUAAUGUUACUGAUGAAGAAAUACAACAUCAGAUAGGAGGUACUUCUAACAUAAAUGAGGAUUCUUCUAACACAAAGGAAGACCCAGGAAUAGCUCCACUCAAUCUUUCUAAGAAAUCUGGGGAAAAAAAGGAAAUCAUACAUGAACAUAUAUACAAAAGCAUGAGCCAAAUGGAAACUCAAAACAUUAUGAAGCUACAAGAUAUGCCUUUAAACCUCUCAGUGAAGGAUACCUGCAACACUCUGAACCUGAAACCUUCAUUCCAUAAUCUAUCACAAGAUGCUGACGUUGUUGCUACUCAGAAAAUUGAAAGUUCCAUAGCAGAACACUAUAUAAAGAACCAUCAGCAAAAUAUCCAUCAAGGUGACAUUUUGUUCACAGCCAAAAAUAGUGAAGCCCAAGAUUUAAGAAUGAUUGACAACAGUGAUGAACAGAAACAAACAGCUGCUGUUGCUCUCUGCCAACUAGCUGCAUACAGUCCUGGAAAAAUAAGGGUAGAAACUGAAGAGCAAAAUUCUCAGGAUUCUACUACUCAACAAGAUGAACCCACUUUCAGUUCCAAAGAAAUACUGGAGAUUGAAUGUAAUACUAAAUCAAAAGGACAAAAGCGGACAAAUCAAAAAGAAACAGGAAAAUCUCACCAAGGAACUAAAAAGGCAAAACCAAAUGACACUGCAAGAGUGUUCACUCUAAGAAAGAGAACCAGGGUGUCUUAACAUUUAACUUUCAUAUAUGCUUUCAGAUCACAAAACAGCAGAUACUAAUGAAUUCAUCCACUGGACCAAAUGACUUAUUUCGGUAAUUUUCUAUUGGAUCAAUUGUUACUAUGUGUUUUUCAUUUUUGUUUUAAACAAAGCAGCAAUAUGUAAAUAGUAAAUGUUUAUGUUAAAGGUGCUUAUAAAUUUGUAAUAAAUAUUUUUGAAUGAUUCAGGUUUCUGUAUAUACCUAAGAUUCUGAUAAGCAAACUUCCACAUUCAUAACUAAUGUCAAUGGAAAUGCAAGAGACCAAAGAAUAAUUCUUUUGAUGUAAGUCAUAUGCCAAAAACACUUUUAUAUCUGCUUUUAUUAUGAAAAUGCUUCCCACAUUAGAAAGAUCUUUAUAUUUGUUGUAACAAAAGCUUCCUUAAAUUCUUGAAUUUAUUUGCUUUUAGCUGUUUUGCAAAUAAAAUGUAAAUUUUGUUGAAAAGGAAGAGCCUCUAUAUGUGUGUGGAGAUAUGUCAUAUAUAUAACAAUCAUACAUGUGUACAUAUAUACUUUCAGAAAUUACUUUAAAAGCUCAUUAUGAAUGUGAAAACUGUGAUUUGUUACUGCUGAAAAUAAUACACAGACAUCUAUUUAAAUUAAUAAUUUAUUUUCAUUUGUGAAAAAAGUACUAUGGGUGAAGGUAAAUGUGGAACAUGAAUUUAUGACAUUUAUUUGGUUAGGAUGGGUCAGUGAAUUUUGCAAACUUUUCAUUCUUCUUUUCAACACUUAGAAUUGUAUAUAUAAUUUCUAAUACUUUUCAAAAAAAUCUAUGUGUUAUGCUCAAGAAUGCAUAAAAUAAUGAAUGCAAUAUAAAUUCCUGUGUUAUGUUUUAUAAUGUUUUGCUACAAUACAUAAUGAAGUUCUGGUUAAGAAAAGGAAAAUAUUCCCAUCACAAUUUGAACAAGUUAAAGACUUAGAAUGUAAAUUGUGUGCUUUUUGAGAAGAUAAGAUAAAUGAGAUUGUGCUUAGCAAAAACCAAUUUGGCAAAAAUCAAUUUGGAGAAAAAGUAGGAAGUCCCUUGUUCUUGGCUCUUUUAGAUAAUGAUCAAAUAACAACUCAAAAUCUGUGCAACUAUUUAUUCAAAAUUAUGAUGCUGAAUACUAGUAUAUCUAGGCUCUAUUUUUCUAAUAUCAAAUAUGUUUUAGGAAAAAGUAUAAAUCAUGAUCAUCCAUGUACCCUUUUCCAACAAAAAUAUUGGGGGUUUUUUUACACACAGAAUGCUUAUUCCAUAUGCAUCAAGACAAUAUUUUAUCAUGUUCUAGGAUAUGGACAACAAAUAAAUAAUCUUCUAGAAAAAAUUAUUACAUUGUCAAAUGACAAAAGCACCCAAUAAAAGGAAAUAUAGCAACUAUUACAUCAUUAGUGAUUAAUGUAGUUCUCAAUCUCUUAUGGAACGCAGACCAAAUUCUAUUUCUUUAAGGCAUAAAACACCUCUCAUUCAAUUAAAUGUAUGAAAGUGUUACACAGAAAAAAUAUUUCUUUAUGACUACAGAGCUAGAAUAUCAUAUACACUAAAGAACAAGAAUCAGAAACUACUGCCCAAAUAUAAUCAAUUAAGUUAAAGGAUGCAAUAUUCAAAUCAAUUAAUAGUUUCCAUCCAAAUCUGGCUCCAACAUACAUUUUCUAUUUAAAUUGAGCUCCAAAAUACCUACCUUAUGAUUGGAUUCCCUACUGUUGAGUUUCUCCCCUCUCCAAUCCAUCCUCCAUUCAGUUAUCAAAGUGAUCAGCACAGGUCAAUAAUGUGACUCAUACUCAAUAAACUACAGUGGCUCCCUAUAACCUCCAGAUCAUACAUAAAAUCAACCAUUUGAUAUUCAAAGACCUUGGCAACGUGGUUCCCUCCUAUCUUUCCAAUCUUCUUAUAUCUUACUCACCCCACAUCUAUUCUGUGAUACAAUGACACUAUGACUUCCUUACUAUUCCUUAAAUAGGGACCUCUAUUUCCCACUUCUAGGCAUUUUCACUUCUGACUCCCAUGUCUGGAAUAUUCUCCCUGUUCAUCUGCCCCCUGGUUUCCCUGACUUCCCUCAAGUCCCACUUCAGGCAAAAUCUUGUAUUCUAGAGGAUGUCUUUCCCAACCAUCCUUAAUUCUAGUAUAUUCUCUUUGUUGAUCAUUUACAAUUAAACUUAUACACAAAUCUUGUUUGUACAUAAAUGUUUGCAUGUUGUCUUCCACAUUAGACUGUGAAGUUCCUUAAGGACAGGGACUGUCUUUUGCCUGUUUAUGUAUCACCAGUGCUUAGCAUAGAACCUGGCACAUAGUAGCACUUAAUAAACAUUUUUAAACUUAUUGACUCCCCUUUAAAAGUCAUGCUUCACAGUAAUGCAAUGAUCCAGGACAAUUCUGAGAGACUUAUGAGAAAGAGCACUAUCCACAUUCAGAGGAAGAACUGUGGGAAUAGAAACACAGAAGAAAAACAACUGCUUGAUAACAUGGGUUGAUGGGAAUAUGAUUGGGGAUAUAGACUCUAAAUGGAUAUAAGCCCUAGAACAAAUAUCAAUAAUAUGGAAAUGAGUCUUGAUCAAUGACAUAUAAAACCCAGUGCAAUUGUGCAUCAGCUACAGGAAAGAGUUAGGGUGAGGAGAAGAAAAGAAUAUGAAUCUUGUAACAAUGGGAAAAUACCCUAAAUUAA